GUAACUCCACUCACGCACACAGAGAGUCAGUCUCACCAUCGUUCAUCUCUACAGUGACCAGCAACACACAGUAUCUCAUUGACACAAUGUGCCGAGGACUGGAAUCUCUACCAUCUGCUUGUCUCGAAAGAGCAAAGGAACUGAAAGCUCGUUUUGGAAGUCUUCUCCAUAAAAAGCAGAUGGGUCUGACUGGACAGAAAACUGUCAUGUCAAGGCAGAUGGUUGUAGCUUCACUGAGAUGGAAAGAGUCAUUUCAAGAGCUCCUGCGAGACGAACAAAGCCUGUGUGCCUUCCAGGCGUUCCUGAAGUCUGAGUACAGUGAGGAGAACCUGGCUUUCUAUCUGGCAUGUGAAGACUACAUGAACACCCAGUCGUCCUCCAAGCUGCCUGCCAAGGCUAAAAAGAUUUACAGUGAAUUCAUUGUCUGUGAUGCUCCAAGAGAGGUCAAUCUUGACCACGAGACCAAGACCAGCACUGUGAAGAACCUGGAGAACCCCACCAACUGCUGUUUCGACCUGGCCAGGGCCAAGAUCUACUAUCUGAUGGAGAAAGACUGCUACCCACGCUUCCUGAAGUCCGUGGCCUGCCAGGAGCUCAGCCGCCAGCUGGCAGCUUAGCAAUAUGCACAAUCUGCACUCGGAGUUGGAGAAGCACAAGAAAAAAACCAGAUGUAGUUCGAGCUGAAAACUACCCACUCAACUGGAGGCCUCACUGGAUGGGGGCAACUUCAUGGGCAUAAGCUAUUGAGAGGCACCCACUUUCAAUCUCAGGAAGAGUCCGGUGGCCCCAAAGAGCUGAGACACUGCAGAUCCUCACAGGAGGGCCGAAGUGCGCACGUGUACCUGGAGGGACUGGAAAAGUAAAAGUGAUGUUCGUACCUGCUGUAGCAGGAGAGCAUAUAGCACAAGAACAGAGUGACCCAAGUAUGGAGCAGCAGCACCUCAUCACUGUUAUUUAUUUAUUUAGUUUGAACUGUUAGGCUCCAUCAGCUAUUUAUUAUUGUUCUUGAGAAUAAUGUGGUAUUUAUUGUGAUAUUUAUGUGCCUCAAAUGUGAUCUUGCUUUUUCAGGCUUUUGUUAAAUAAACAUU